AUGUCGCACAACGAGGCGAUUCUGAUCACCGGCGCAGCUGGCUUCAUCGGACAGGUCCUCGCAGCAGCGCUGCUCGAAUCAUCACCAGACAUCACCUUGACCUUGACCGAUAUUACAAAACCACCGGUACCCGCGUCAGUCUCGCAGCAUGCAAAUCGCGUGACAUCCACCAGCAGCGACUUGAGUCAUCUUCCUGCUGUCGAGUCCCUCCUCUCGACUCCUUUCAAGGCGGCUUAUCUCCUCCAUGGCCUGAUGUCCGGCGGCGCAGAAGCCAACCUCGAGCUGGGCUGGCGUGUUAACUGGGAUAGCCACCGAGCCGUCUUGGACCGAUUAAGGGUGCAUCACCCGGGCACUGUGGUGAUCUUUCCGAGCUCGCUGGCCGUAUACGGCCCUACUGGUCCUGGGCAGGUCACAAGCGAAUCCACAAACCCACUGCCCCAGUCUUCGUACGGCGCGCAGAAGCUUAUGGUGGAGACAUAUCUGAACGACUUUUCGAGGCGUGGUCUCCUCGAUGGACGUAUUGUUCGACUCCCGACCGUUGUCGUGCGGCCGGGAGCGCCAUCCGCAGCAGCUAGCUCUUUCGCCAGUGGCAUUAUUCGCGAGCCAUUAAAGGGGGAAAAGAGCAUCCUCCCAGUCUCGCGGGAUCUGGAGAUGUGGAUCUCCAGCCCCAAGACCGUCGUCGCGAAUUUGAUACGGAUCAAAGAUGUGCCCAAGGAGAAGUUUGGCUUGAGCAGGGUCCUCAACCUUCCCGGAAUAACUGUGACAUUUGAUCGAGGAGGCUAG